AUAAAACUACCAAGCAUCUUACGUACUUAAUUCUAUAAUACUGUAAUUCCAUUUUUGUUUUGUGUCCUGCAACUUUUGACUGUCAAAAUCUUUCAAAGGCACUCCGUGGCUUCCAAAGGUAGCCAGCUGUGAAAGGGAAAAUGUUUAUUUCUUUUGUGAGAUUUAUACCACAUUCUUUCUCCAAAUGAAAACCAAGGACUCAAAGGAAUAAUAAAAAUGAUAUUUUGUCUUAGUAGGACAAACUUCAAGAAAGCCUCAUACAAAUAAGGUGCUACUUAUCUAAUGAUGGCUUCUAUGUUCACCUCAAGCCUUCUCUAUGUGUAUCUAUGUUUCUCUUUCCCUGCAGUCAUGAAACUAAUCCCUGGUGACAUUGGAAAACGACUUGAGGAAAUGGUGCAGCUGACAGCUCAGAACCUACCUCAGGUGGAGGUGACCAGUAGUUACACCAUCCUCCGAGAGCUGGGCAGUGGUGCCUUUGGGCAUGUAGUGAUGGCAGUUCACCAUCGCCAAGGAACCCCCAUGGCACUGAAAUUUGUACAUAAAAAAGAUACAGAACUACAGGAUUUCCUUAGUGAAUAUUGCAUUGCACUGACUUUGCGGGCGCACCCCUGCAUUGCCACUGCCCUUGGGAUUGCCUUCCAAACUCCCCAACACUAUGUCUUUGCACAAGAAUUGGCAUUGGCUCGUGACCUCUUCUCUCUCAUGGUGCCAAAGGUUGGCAUACCUGAGCAACAGAUAAAACGCUGUACCCUGCAGCUUGCAAGUGCCCUGGAGUACAUGGAAUCCAAAGGGCUAAUCCAUCGAGAUGUCAAACCAGAAAAUGUACUGCUUUGUGACCCUGAAUGCCGGCGCAUCAAGCUGACUGAUUUUGGGCUGAGCUGCCUGAGGGGCCAAGCCAUUAAGGCCUUGCCUGAAAGUUUGCCUUAUACUGCACCUGAAAUGUGUGUCCUGGGCCCCAAAGCUCAUCUGGAAGCCCAGCCCAGCCUUGACACCUGGGCUCUUGGAGUUCUGUUAUUCUGUGUGCUAACUGGCUACUUCCCCUGGCUUACAGCUGUGCCUUCUGAUCAGUAUUAUCGCAGCUUUGUCUCCUGGCAUCGUAGCCCCCGUUUUGUUUCACUUCCAGCCCAUUGGGAACAUUUCACUCCCCAAGCAUUAGAAAUGUUGAAAGGGCUCCUGACACCCAACCCAGCACUCCGUAGCCCUGCCAAGGUGAUUAUGAAUUACAUCAAAACACCUUGGUUGCUACCGGAAAUAAAGAGUCGUGUCCGACCCAGCAGAGAACUUCUUGGCACUACUCGGCGAUGCUAAAGACCAAGAGUAUUGCAAGGAGAAACAAGAGGUUCUGAAAUGUCACCUUAGCUUUGAAAGGACCAAAAAUACCAUCACCUAAUGAAGACAUUUUGUUUGGUAAAAAUCAGUCAAUCCAGAGAAACAGACAAAAGAUGACUGGGAAACAAAACAAGCUGCUUACUGAGCAAGGAAAGAGAAACCGAUUCAAGGAAAACUUAUGUGAAUUAAUCUUGGAAGUAUUGCUUUCCAAUCUCCUGUCUCUGUUCUAGAUCAGUCUCUGUCUCUGUUCAAAAGAUUUGAGUUGUCUUUCUGUAAGGACCUGCUUCAGGUAGUCCUUCAGGAAAGGAAAUCGCUUGAAUGCACUAAAUUGAAUCGAAAGAACUUUUACUGAGAGAAAGUUAUUGCAGGGAAGCAAGGUGAAAUCUGAAAAAGUCCACAUGAUGCAAACAGCAUUUUUUUGUUUCCCCAAAUCUAACCCCCCUGAUCAAUCUAUCGGCAGCCAAUGUGAUGCCACAAGGUUGUGAUGGAAACUCUGAAGUGAUAGGAAGAUAACAGGUCACCCUCAGAGCAAGACAGCCUUAAAGUCAGGCUGGGAGGUAAUCUGCUCCAUCUCUGAA